AUGACCGUGCGCUGGCGUUGUCUACCUCUCGUUCUCCUUGGUCUCCUCCCCCAAUCCUUCGUCUCUGCCGCCCACUCUUUCGAAAAUGUCGCCAUCGUACGCACCGUAGAGCUCGGGGGCUCCCUGGUCCACGUCACGACCACCUAUGCGAUCAAGGCACUCGAAAAUGGGUCGCAGAAAUACACCAUUACGCUAGGGGAAGAUGAAUGGGACAAAUCGAGCUGGUUGGAAGCGAAGAUUAAGGGUCAGAACACGCCGUUGAAUGUGGAGGCGCUUCAGCUUGGUCCGACAGAUGGUGUGUACUCCUACACGGUUGAGCUGCCCAAGCCUUUGAAUGUGAACGGGACAACAAAUCUUGUCAUUGAGACGGUGCAGACACACGCGACCUACCCUUGGCCGCAGCAGGCGUCUCAGAAAGACGACCAAGCUCUGAAGUACGAGACAGACCUAUUCAUCCUUAGCCCUUACAAGACUGCCACCCAGAGAGCUAAAGUCCGCGCUCCAGCACCCCGCAUUAUCUCAUUCUCGACUCCCGAGGGUGUUGACCAAUUCGCCACUGACAGUGUUGCAACGAAGUCUGGAGCAACGGUUACUUAUGGACCGUUCACACAUAUCCCGGAAUCCGCAAAUCUCGAGUUCAUCAAGUCACACCAGAAACGUUUGACUGUGCACUAUUACUACGAGUACCCGGUCUUGGAAAUCACCAAGCUCGAGCGUGCUGCUGAAAUCAGCCAUUGGGGAGCUAACCUGAAUAUCAACAACGACAUUCAACUCCACAAUGCGGGACCUGCGCUGAAGAACCAAUUCUCUCGUCUCGAGCACCAGAGUCAAUCAUUCUUCGGAAAAAUCUCUGCCCACAUCCUUCCCUCACUGACGGUCCACCUUCCCCCUGGUAUCCACUCUGCCUACUACUACGACCUCAACGGCAAUGUCUCCACCUCGCGCCUCCGGCCCGCCCCUUCCGUUCCCAAGGCUUCGCAAGCCAAUCAGUACAGCGUAAUGGAGCUCCGUCCCAGAUACCCCCUCAUGGGUGGAUGGAAUUUUACCUUUACUCUAGGGUGGGAUUCACCGCUUCGUGAUUCCGCAGGCUAUGAUAGCCAGACGGGGAAGUAUAUUGUCGGAGUCCCUGUGCAUACCUUCAUACCUGGCGCCGUCGUCAAUCAGGCCGAGGUCAAGAUCAUCUUCCCUGAAGGGGCGACUGAUAUCGAGGUCUUCCCUCCCUUCGCUGCGUUGACACAAAAUAUCUCAACUCACGUCACGUACCUGGACACCGUCGGGCGGCCCGCGGUCACCUUCACAUACGAAAACCUCACGGACAAGCACACGGGCAUUAUUUUCGCAUCAUACAAGGUACCGUUCUCGGCUCACUUAAAGAAGCCAAAGGCUGUAGCUACCGCAUUCCUGGGACUGUUCGCCUUCGCGUUGGCCGCUCGUCGGGUCGACCUCCGUCUCACCAAGACGGUAUAAUAUGUAACCGUAUUUAUUGUUCGAGACAUGCGCGGAAUGGAAGUUCAUUCGAACUUG